AGACCAUAGAAGAACGUUCCACGUCGUUUCACUUACAUGAAGGUCUUCUUUGUGCGUAUUAUAUAUAUGAUCCUCCUUAUAUAUAUACUCAUAAGUCAUAUCAGAAGCCACAUAUAACAUAUUCGUCUCUCGUUUCUCUCGCUCUCUUUCACAAACACUAUCUAUCAAUUCUCUACUCUCUCUCUUUAACUUCUAUAUAUACCUGAUCUUUGUACUCUCUCUCUCUCUCACACUCUCUCUCUAGAUCUCUCUCUGAGCGGUGAAAACAUGAAAACUAUGAAAUCAAAAACCAUUUUGGCACUUGGUUUUGUUUUGUUUAUGCUUAUAUUGUCUCAUCCAUCACCAACCGAAGCUCAAGAAGUUGAGGAUGAAAGAGAAUUUGACUACGCAAGAGAUGGGCAUAUGGGGCCGGAGAAAUGGGGGGAGAUAAAGAAAGAAUGGUCGGCGUGCAGCAACGGGACGAUGCAGUCUCCGAUUGAUAUGUCGAGUCAGAGGGUGAAGAUGAUGGCCAGUUCUAACAAGCUGUUCACAAACUACAAGGCUCGUAAUGCUACCAUCAAGAAUAGAGGUCAUGACAUUAUGCUAGAAUGGGAAGGAGAUGCGGGGUCAAUUCGCAUAAAUGGCACCGAGUAUGCUUUGAAACAAGCUCAUUGGCACUCGCCUUCGGAGCAUUCCAUCAAUGGCAGAAGAUAUGCCAUGGAACUACAUCUUGUCCACCUCAGCACCGAUGGCAAAAUAGCUGUCAUUGCUGUUCUUUAUAAUAUUGGCAAACUUGACCAUUUUCUGUCAAAGUUGAUGGUAAAUAUAUCAGCCAUGAUAGACCAAAAGGGUGAGCAUGGACACAGUGGGGUUAUAAAUCCCAAAGAGAUUCAAAUGAGUAAUAGAAGAUACUACAGAUACAUCGGCUCACUUACUGUUCCUCCUUGCACUGAAGGAGUUGUUUGGACCAUAAGCAAAAAGAUAAGAACUGUUUCGAUAGAUCAAGUUAAAUUGCUUCGAGAGGCUGUGCACGAUUAUGCAGAAAAUAAUGCAAGACCAAUACAACCGGUGAAUCAACGCGACCUUCAAGUUUAUGGUCCAGCUUCGACACAAUAGAUAUAUUAGAUGUAUGGGUCGUUAUAGACACUUAAAUAUUGUGUAGUACAUGAUAUCUAUCUUGGUUCCGUAUCAGUGAUUUAUAUUGAUUUUUUAUUUAUACAUUAAUACUCUUUUUUAUUCUUUUAGUCCCAUUAUAAAUAACACUCAACAAUCU